AUGUCGCGAUCCCAAGGUGAUUCUUCUGACUCUGAUGACCCUGCUGCAGUUGUCGCGCAACCACUGGAGCAAUUGCAAAGCUCGACUUCCGGUGCGGACAGUGCCAGUUCUCUACGCCUGACCAAUUCCCCGGAACCAGAGUAUCAGAUAACCCCGAGCCCAGAUGGAGCAAUCGUGCCUUUCGAAAUUGUCGUCCCAGUGGUUGAUAACCCUGAGGACUAUGAAUAUCUCCCAGGUCACUUUGAGGCUGACCGUGUUCUUGCAGUCCACAUGCAAGAGCCAAAGCUCAUUGUGAGGUUGAAAAGCGGCGAAUCACAGCCUAUGACCGUCAAUCAACUGAAAAGCCUGAAGUACGGACGCAUUGUGUUGCGCGAAUUCAUCAACUUCAGUUCUGGCUCGCAAAGCCCCGAUCCCCUGGCGAUGGACCUGGACGACGGAGACACCGGAAGUCGCAUUCACAUCGGCGGAGAUGGUGCUGGAGAUGAGUCGGACAUAGACUUUUCCAAUGCGCGGAACCGUCAGCGGCGUGUGCCUUCAGUUUCAUACAGUCUGUUCUUUCGCAGUGACGACAAAGAUGAGGACCAAGAAGAGGGUUCAAACACCCAUCGGAAUGGCAGAUCAGGACAGACCAAAGAUUACAGCUUUGGAACUGAUCAGACCAGUGACGAGGAGGACUCUGAAGAGCCUCCAACCAGGCGUGGUCAGCCGAGGGGACCUGCGCGGGGGGACCGAAAGCAACAGCGUCGUGAAUCCUCUGAAGAGUCUUAUGCAACAACGAGAGGCCAGCGGAAAUCGUCUCGUCUCCAACAGACUCAUCGACGCAGCAUGAGAGAGCGACUCGAAGACGAUGAAUAUUCCGAGCGAGAAAUCGAGCAGCCCCGACAGCAGAGAUACUCGGGUGCGAGAGAGCAGUUCCGCGCGUUGCCCAAAAAUCAUGAAUUCAGACAGUCUCACUGCAGUUCCUGCGCCCAAUGCGGCAACGAAGAUGGUAUACCCGGCAAAGGGGUCUUUGUAUUCUGUCAAGGGUGUACCGCAUCCUACCAUCGGGCUUGCCUUGGCGAACGAAGUAGCCGAAAACAUCUAGUCACCAAGGUCGACGAGGGAUACUUCAUCCUCCAGUGCAGUCACUGUCUAGGUAUCAAGCACCAGGAGCAUGAUCUGAAACCACAUCUUGGCCAUUGUUCGGUUUGCAGAGAACCGGGACCCAUGUCACACCCUUUGCGAAAGGCACUGUCUUCCCAGGCCGAGCAGCAAAUGCGUGAAGCCAAUGAUGGCGUAGAUCCGAUAACCCAGAUCGAUAUGUCUCGUGUCAACAAUGUUGGCAAUCUUCUUAUCAGGUGCUUUGGCCCCCACGGCUGCAAACGGGCCUUCCACGUCCAGCAUCUCCAAAACUCGUCAGAGGAGGACUAUGCCGCACUCGGUCCUGAUCAUUGGCAAUGCCACGAGUGCACUGAAUAUUCGUUUGCUCCAAACCCGAUUCACAUGGUGGUCGCAUGGAGGCCGAAGGGUUCCGACGCCAACUUUCCGCCGUCAUCAGCCGGCUCGAUCCCCGAGAUUGACAAAGAAUAUCUCAUCAAGUGGAAAGAGAGGUCCUACUUCCAAGUCAAAUGGGUGUCGGGGGAUUGGGUAUACUCUCGGGCUUCUUCAACGACGAUGAUUGCAUUCUUCAAGUCGCCAAGAUCUACAAACCCGGCCAUGACAACCGCAGAGGCUAUCCCAGAAGAAAAUCUGCGAGUUGACAAUGUUUUCAACGUUGAGUACUUUAACGAACCUCAAUCGCAGGCGGAUCGAGCAAAUCCUGAGAUGGUCAGGAAUGCCUACGUCAAGUUCAAAGGCCUGUCUUAUGAGGACUCAGUAUGGGAGAUUCCCCCAUCCAAAGACGACACUGCUCGUUGGGAGGACUUCCAAGCCGCUCUUAUCGACUGGGUGCGCCGCGAAGAUAUACGUGUCCCGAACUUGAAAGACCUCCAGAGUCGUCUCGCAAGCGUGCGUGCUAUGGAGUUCGAAAAAAGUGUCAUCCAUCUCAACGCUCAACCAGAGAUGGUGACUGGGGGUGAGCUCAUGGGUUAUCAGCUAGACGGCGUCAACUGGCUUCUUUACAUGUUCUUCAAGGAAAGAAAUGCCAUUCUUGCUGACGACAUGGGUCUUGGCAAGACGGUUCAAGUCAUCACGCUAUUCUCUGCACUGAUCGAAAAGCUCGAGUGCUUUCCAUUUUUAGUCGUGGUUCCAAAUUCGACUGUGCCAAACUGGCGUCGCGAGAUAAAGAAAUGGACGCCGGAGAUACGGGCUGUCACCUAUUAUGGUAGUGCGUUUGCUCGCCGGAUGGCAAUAGAACAUGAAAUGUUUCACGAGGACCGAACACUGUGCUGUCAUGUGGUCAUUGCGUCAUACGAGAGUAUGGCCGAUGACGAGGCCAAGCGAGCUUUAUCAAAGGUUCAUUGGGCUGGCUUGGUUGUCGAUGAAGGCCAGCGCCUCAAGAAUGAUAAAACAAACCUGUAUGAACGUCUUUGUCGGAUGAAGUUUGACUUCAAGGUGCUCCUCACCGGCACCCCGCUCCAGAACAAUAUUCGGGAGUUGUUCAAUUUGCUUCAAUUCAUUGACCCGAAGAAAAAAGCCGAGCAAUUGGAAGUUGAAUACGGAGGAGUCCUGGACAAAGAAGCCAUUCGAGAACUUCACGAGAUGAUACGGCCAUGUCUACUGCGACGGACCAAGGCAAUGGUUUUGCCACAUCUUCCUCCAAUGGUGCAGACAAUUAUUCCGAUCUCGAUGUCAAUCGUGCAAAAGAAGUUGUACAGGUCAAUUCUUGAAAAGAACCCCCAGCUCAUCAAUGCCAUCUGUAAGAAGAGUACUGGCCAUCUGAAAAAAGCAGAGCGCCAUAACCUCAACAAUAUCCUCAUACAGCUGCGCAAAUGUCUUUGCCACCCGUUUAUCUACAACAGGGACAUCGAAGAGCGAGGCUCGGACGCCUCAGUAGCCCAUCGGCGGCUAGUAGAAGCAUCGGGAAAACUUCAACUGCUCAACUUGAUGCUACCGCGGCUGAAGGAGCGUGGGCAUCGUGUGCUGAUCUUCAGUCAGUUUUUGGAGAACCUGGACAUAGUCGAAGACUUCCUCGCGGGCAUUGGACUUCGGUACCGUCGCCUGGACGGCAAGCUAUCGUCGAGAGAUAAGCAGCAGCAAAUCGAUGAAUUCAACGCCCCCGAUUCGCCCUACUUUGCUUUCUUGCUUUCGACCCGGUCCGGUGGGGUUGGCAUCAACCUCGCCACUGCGGAUACUGUGAUCAUCAUGGAUCCAGACUUCAACCCGCAGCAGGAUAUGCAGGCUUUGUCCCGUGCCCACCGUAUCGGACAGGAGAAUACUGUCCUUGUGUUUCACCUAGUUGUACGCGCGUCCGUGGAGGAAAAGAUCAUGCAGAAAGGGAAAAAGAAAAUGGCUCUUGAUCAUGUGCUUAUCGAUCGCAUGAAGGCCAACGAGGACGAGGAAGAUCUGGAGUCGAUUCUUAAGCAUGGUGCCCAGGCGUUGUUCAACGAUGAUAAUUCGGCGGAUGUGGUAUAUGACUUGCCAUCCAUCGACAAGUUGCUGGACCGGAGUCAGGCAGAGCAGGCAAAGGUAGCUGGCGAGAAGGUUUCGGAUUCGAACGAGCGGACAGAGUUCAAUUUCGCCCGUGUCUGGCAAAAAGACCGUGGCACCUUUGAAGAGGUGACUGAAACCGAAGACACGACGGAGGAUCUCACAGCAUGGGAGCAGAUCUUGGAGAAGCGGGAGCGGGAAGCUCAAGAGGAAGCCAUUCGGCAAGCUGAGGGCCUUGGUAGGGGCAAACGAAGGCGUGGUGCACCCAAUUACAGCAUGGCCGUUGCAGGAUGGGAUGAUGAUGAAGCACCCAGCCCCACUGGACAGCCACGUACCAAAAUUCGCAAGGGUGCUGACGAUCUAGAUGCUGACUUCACGCACCCAACUGAUGAUCCGGACGCCACUGAACCUGAGCCCGAAUCUUACAAGCACCCAGCUUAUGAUCCGGACGCGACUGAAACCGAGCCCGAAUCUUACAGCAUGAGUCCCAUGAGCACCACGGACGUCAUGAGCCACCUCCACCCCACGUCACAGCAGUUCGGCGCGGAUCGCAUGCCAGACAUUAUCAUCACGAAGCUCAGGCAGUUGGAGUCCCUAAUAAAGGUCUCGGCGAAUCAGCUCAGCCAGAGCGCGGCUGGCAUCGAAAGCAAUAUUCCACUUAUGGUUAGCAGUAUGCUUCCAGGUACUGACAUCAUGGUCCACAUCCACCCCGUGCAGCAGUCCGACGCGAACCUCAUGCGAGACAUGACCAUCACGAAACUCAGAGAGGUGGCGUCCCAAAUAAGGGUCUCGGCAAAUCAGGUCAGCCGCAUGGCAGAUAUCAUGAGCAACGUCCACCCCCUAUUAGAAUCGCCCGACGCGGAUCCCAUACGGAACCUGAUCAUCACGGACCUGAGGCAGUUGGAGUCCCAACUAACCGACUUGGCAAAUCAGCUCAUCCAGGGCGCGGAUGAGCUACCAGGCACGACGGACGACCUCAUGCGAGACAUGAUCAUCGUGAAACUGAGGCAGUUGGUGUCCGAAAUGAGGGUCUUGGCAAAUCAGCUCAGCCAGGGCGCGGAGAGGAUCGAAAGGGGUAUGGCACAUACGACGGACACAGCGAGCCUGAUGGGCAGUAUGGACACCAGUGGAAAUACUUUGCCCAGCACGGAGUUGACCGAGGAACUGAAAGUUCGUGCAUUCCACCGUGUGGAUUCGCCCCCGUUGCCCAUGGCACCAUUUGGCACCGACGGUGCUCAAGAUCCCUUCCUGCUGUGUGCGGCAUGCCAGAAUCGUCACACACCUGGCAAUUGCCCACUUCGCCAUGCCGGUGUUGAAUUUUGCGGCCUCUGUGGGCUUGCCCACCUGGGAUUCCGCCGCGUCUGUCCUCACCUGCAGUCAGUACCGCAGGUGACCCGCAUGAUGGAGGCGCUGGACAAGAGCACAGAGGCUCCAGGCCUCGUCUCAGCCGCGAGAAGAUAUCUUAGUGGUAUCAUCAGUUCCACGGGGCUGUCUGUGCGCAGGAAGGCGGCCCCGGUGGCUGGGAUUGACUCUCAGUCGCUGCCCACCUCGGACUCAAUCCGAGGUGACAGCAAUGCCUCGGUGAUUGAUUUGACUGAGGUGGAUGACUCCUGA